AUGACCGGUAAGGAGAUUCUCCACAAGAUGAAGGAAUCCGUUAAGGAGAAAGUUGGGCUCGGAGCAUCUGCAUCUGCAGAUUCAGGGAAAGGGAAGAGCAAGAUGUCGAAGCAGAUCACGCAUGGCUUCCACCUGGUGAAAGGGAAAGCUUUCCAUGAGAUGGAGGAUUACGUGGUUGCCAAAUUCAAGGAAGUCGAUGACAACGAGCUUGGCCUCUUCGCUAUCUUCGAUGGCCAUCUCAGCCACGAGAUCCCAGACUAUUUGUGCUCCCAUUUGUUUGACAACAUCUUGAAUGAGCCGAAUUUCUGGCAAGAGCCGGAGGUGGCGAUAAAGAAAGCUUAUUAUAUAACCGAUACGACGAUUCUAGACAAGGCGUCUGAUUUGGGGAAAGGUGGUUCCACUGCAGUCACUGCGAUUCUGAUCAACUGCCAGAAGCUGGUUGUUGCUAACGUUGGCGACUCGAGAGCUGUGAUCUGCAAAGAUGGUGUUGCCAAGCAGCUCUCUGUUGAUCACGAGCCGAACUUGGAGAAGGAUGAGAUUGAGAAUAGAGGCGGAUUCGUUUCUAACUUCCCUGGGGACGUUCCUAGAGUUGAUGGACAGCUUGCUGUGGCAAGGGCGUUUGGUGAUAAGAGUUUGAAAAUGCAUUUGAGCUCAGAGCCAUAUGUUACUGUGGAGAGUAUUGACGAUGAUGCAGAGUUUCUUAUCCUAGCAAGUGAUGGACUCUGGAAGGUCAUGUCGAAUCAAGAAGCUGUUGACUCGAUCAAGGGAGUGAAAGAUGCGAAAUCUGCAGCAAAGCAGCUCUCCGAGGAGGCUGUUGCAAGGAGAAGCUCAGACGAUAUUUCAGUCGUCGUCGUCAAGUUUCAGUGA